AGUUAACAUUGUAAUAUGCUCGUUAUUGACAUUUCUUGUAUGUUCUCUCAAACUGCCAGGCUUGCAGCAGAUUGGCCAACAUCAAUGCAAAUUGUUCGCCUCAUUGCCCAAGAUCACAUGAGUAACAAGCAAUAUGUUGGAAAGGCAGAUUUCUUGGUUUUCCGGACAUUAAAUCAGCAUGGGUUCCUUACACAAUUACAGGACAAGAAGCUUUGUGCAGUCAUCCAGCUACCUACACAGACCCUGCUUCUCUCUGUGUCCGACAAAGCUGGCCGCUUGAUAGGGAUGCUGUUUCCUGGGGAUAUGGUAGUUUUCAAGCCACAAGUACCAAACAUUCAACAACAGCAACAGCUACUCCAGCAACAGCAACAUCAACAGCAACUACAGCAGCUACAGCAACAGCAACAGCUACAGCAACAGCCUCAGCAACAACAACAGCUACAGCAACAGCCACAGCAGCAGCCAAUGGUUGGUACUGGCAUGAACCAAACAUUCGUCCAGGGUUCGGUGAGGCCUCAAACCAAGCUUUCAUCUUCAACUAUGUCAAAUGGGAGUUUUAUGCCUUGAUUUAUUUAUAUUUUAUCCUGAAGAAAAGGAUUGUAAGUACAAUAAUGUUUGUCAACAACAAGAAUGUGUUACAGUUGAUACAGAAAUCUUCCAUGUUCAAUAUGUUUAGAGAACUUUUCUGAAUUUAUAUUAAUGAAGUACUUUACAUAGGCUUUAGAUC